AUGUCGCAAACAACUCCCAGUCAAUAUCCAAACGUCAAUUUCCUUGCUCUCAUUUCACGAGUUCUCGAUGAAGCUAAUUCUAAAGAGAAAUGUGAGCUAGAUUCACCCGUCCGUAUCCGCGAGGCCAAAAUCCUGGACAGCCUCGCUUCUAUCGGUGUUUGGAGAGCGCAAAAACAGGUUGUCGCAGCAGCCUCCCAUUUCGUUGAGGAUUCCCAACAUGGUGGAAAAUCAGUUGUGAUUCUCAUUGCGGAGAAUGGCCCUAUCGAUAAACGUACAGUCAACCAUAUUCAAGACGUGUUGAGUCGUCUCGUCACCAUUCAUACAUAUUUUCGAGAGGAGGGACUAUCACAAGACGGAACUCUUUCACCCAUUCAAGAGUAUAUUUCCAUCGUGCCCCAGAGCCGUUUCGAAACUGGGCUUCUUGACUUAGAGUUGGCCAUUAUUGAACACUCGUGGAAGAAACUCAGCAGCGCUUAUUUAAGAACUGUCGACACACCAACUUCCUCGACACCGCUCGCGAUGUAUGUAAUCCCGACUCUCCGGAUACCCUCGAGAACAUCGAUACCCAUAGUUUCUUGA